GUUUGUAGUCGUGGACGUGACUGGGAGGAGUCGGCCCGCCUCGGAUUUCCGCACAGGGUGCCGGGCCGCGACCAUGGCGGAGCCCACGGUGUGCUCGUUCCUCACCAAGGUGCUGUGCGCCCACGGCGGCCGCAUGUUCCUGCAGGAUCUGCGCGGCCACGUGGAGCUCUCGGAGGCCCGGCUGCGGGACGUGCUGCGCCAGGCCGGGCCCGACCGCUUCCUGCUGCAGGAGGUGGAGGUGCGGGAGGACCCGUGGGACGCCGAGGCUGAGGUGGCGGCCGGCGAGAGCGGCGCGGGCGGCGGUGGCGGCCCCUCGGCCUGGCGGGUGGUGGCUGUGUCCUCCGCGCGGCUGUGCGCUCGCUACCAGCGCGGCGAGUGCCAGGCCUGCGACCAGCUGCACCUCUGCCGCCGCCACAUGAUGGGCAAGUGCCCGAACCGCGACUGCUGGUCUACCUGCACCCUUUCUCAUGAUAUCCACAUACCUGUCAACAUCCAAGUCCUGAAAAACCAGGGACUGUUUGGUCUCAAUGAGGCCCAGCUUCGGAUCCUUCUUUUACAGAAUGACCCCUGCCUUUUACCAGAGGUCUGUUUGCUCUACAACAAAGGUGAAGCCCUGUAUGGUUACUGCAACCUCAAGGAUAAAUGCAACAAGUUUCACGUGUGCAAGUCCUUUGUCAGGGGAGAGUGCAGGCUGCCGAAGUGCAAGCGGUCUCAUCAGCUAAUUCACGCCACAUCCCUGCAGCUGCUGCAGGACCAAGGACUGAAUAUUCCAAGUGUCGUUAAUUUUCAGAUAAUUGCUACCUACAAGCACAUGAAGCUGCACAAGAUGCUUGAAAAUAAAGAUAAUUCAGCUUCUUCUGCUGAGCAUUCCCAGGGCCUUGAGAAACAAGGAGUACACGUAGCUAGGGCUGCAGAGGCCAGUCCUCUGGUCUCUGGCCCUGCUGAGUCAGUCAAGAAGCCAUGUGCAGGUAAACCUUAGAGGACAUCAGUGAAAUAAGAAGAAUGUUGUCCAAUUGGAAGGUCUGAAAAGAAAGCUUCUGUUGAGAUAUAAUUUGUAACCAUUCAUUCAUUUAAUCGUUUAUUAAUAAUAGCCAUAAUGAUACCUACCUCACAGGUGGUGGUGAGAAUUAAAGAAGAUGGAAAAGGAGAAAAUUCCAGAUUGGGAGGAUAAAAUUGGGGGUGCAUGGUUGAGGAUGAGGUUAGACAUUGAACAGGAAAAGGGAGAGUAAAACCUGAGAGUAGAUGAGGUCAGUCCUGGGCAAAUCCUGUGGUUCCUGAGAGCUUUUUUCCCCGGCUGGCCGGCCAGACCUCUUAAAGAGGCUCCUGCGGACUUGUUCUGGAACCCAGCCAAGUGCUUUCUGUACGCCCAUAUACAUAGGUUUGUUUUUUGUU